CCCCUACCUGCGCACUCCCCCUUCCCUCCUCGCCAUUGGAGCGCGCGCGCAGCGGCGAAGCUACAGAGGGUUCGAGAUGAAGGUGAUCGAGAAGAUUCAGCAGGCGGCGGCGGAUGGCCGGACGGCGUUCUCGUUCGAGUACUUCCCUCCCAAGACCGAGGAGGGGGUCGAGAACCUCUUCGAGCGGAUGGACCGCAUGGUGGCGCACGGCCCGUCCUUCUGCGACAUCACCUGGGGCGCCGGGGGAUCCACCGCCGACCUCACCCUCGACAUCGCCAACCGCAUGCAGAACAUGGUGUGUGUGGAAUCUAUGAUGCAUCUGACAUGUACAAACAUGCCAGUAGAGAAGAUAGACCAUGCUUUGGAAACCAUCAAAUCCAAUGGGAUUCAAAAUGUUUUGGCACUUAGAGGGGAUCCUCCACACGGGCAAGACAAAUUUGUGCAAGUUGAAGGCGGAUUUGCUUGUGCUCUUGACCUGGUGAAGCAUAUUAGAGCUAAGUAUGGUGAUUAUUUUGGCAUAACUGUAGCUGGUUAUCCAGAGGCCCACCCUGAUGCGAUACAAGGCGAGGGAGGUGCUACACCAGAAGCAUAUAACAAUGAUCUCGCCUAUUUGAAGAGAAAGGUUGAUGCUGGCGCUGACCUUAUUGUCACACAACUUUUCUAUGAUACCGACAUCUUUCUCAAGUUUGUGGAUGACUGCCGUCAAAUUGGUAUUACUUGUCCCAUUGUUCCUGGCAUAAUGCCAAUAAACAACUACAAAGGUUUCAUACGGAUGACUGGAUUCUGCAAAACUAAGAUACCUGCUGAGAUCACUGAUGCACUGGAGCCUAUUAAAGAAAAUGAGGAAGCCGUUAAAGAAUAUGGAGUCCACCUUGGGACUGAGAUGUGCAAGAAAAUUCUAGCUAGUGGCAUCAAGACUUUGCACCUUUACACGCUAAACAUGGAGAAGUCUGCUAUAGAAAUUUUGAAGAGACUUGGAUUAAUUGAGGAGUUCAAGGUUUCAAGGCCAUUACCUUGGAGGCCACCAACUAACGUUUUCCGUGUUAAGGAGGAUGUUCGACCUAUAUUCUGGGCUAACAGACCAAAGAGCUAUAUUAGAAGGACUCUAGGUUGGGAUCAGUAUCCGCAUGGACGGUGGGGAGAUUCCAGGAACCCAUCAUAUGGAGCACUUACUGACCACCAGGUAAUUUCGACUCGUGGGCGUGGUAAAAAGCUCCAAGAGGAAUGGGCUGUUCCACUGAAAUCUGUGGAGGACAUUAGUGAGCGCUUUACAAAUUUCUGUCGAGGGAAGCUUACAAGCAGCCCAUGGUCAGAGUUGGACGGUCUUCAACCAGAGACAAAGAUUAUUGAUGACCAGCUGGUGAAGAUUAACCAGAAGGGCUUCCUUACCAUCAACAGCCAGCCUGCAGUAAAUGGAGAGAAAUCUGAUUCGCCUACUGUUGGUUGGGGUGGUCCAGGAGGCUAUGUUUAUCAGAAGGCCUACCUUGAGUUCUUCUGUGCAAAAGAGAAGUUGGAUCAACUAGUUGAGAAGAUCAAAGCAUUCCCUUCUCUCACAUUUAUUGCUGUGAACAAGUAUGGAGUAUCAGCCUCCAAUAUUCCAGCAAAUGCUGUGAAUGCUGUCACAUGGGGUGUUUUCCCUGGCAAGGAGAUUAUCCAACCUACAGUUGUUGAUUCGGGAAGUUUUAUGGUUUGGAAGGAUGAGGCAUUUGAAAUCUGGACAGCAGGAUGGGCCUGUCUGUUCCCUGAGGAGGACUCCUCCUCUAAGGAGCUACUAAAGAAGGUCCAGGAUAACUACUAUCUGGUCAGCCUUGUUGACAACGACUACAUCCACGGGGAUCUGUUUGCUGCCUUCAAGGAGAUCUGAUGACGCUCUUACACAGUCUGUGUUGUUGUUGUAUGGCUAAAUUCCCACAAAUAUUAUUGCUUCCCCGACACAGGGUCUGAUCGCGACGAAAGCUUCUGCUCAUUUGACCUUGGAGGAGUCCUCUAGUCUGAUUUUUCCUGCUUUCUUUUUGGCUUAUUCGAACCAAACUUUUUCAAUAAGAGAUAGCCAUGCUCUUUCCAUUCCCUCCAUGAGGAAAUGGCGCAAUGGCUAGAUUCAUGAUGUAAAAUUCGCUUCCGUUAUACUCGCUGGAUGCUUUCAGUGAUCCACAAGAGAAAUGUACCCAGAAAAGGGGGAAAAGGGGGGACGCGCGGCCGGUAUUGUACUGAAUCUGUGCCUAUGCUUGUGAUGGGAAUAAGAUCGACCGAAACCAGAUGUUUCACAUCC